AUGUCUGUCUCCAUUGAAGUAUGCGCAAUUCCAGGUUCCGAAAUGGGAUGCAACUUGACCAUUGAAAGAACUAGAGAUUACCUGAGCCAACCGGGGGACAUAAUCAUAGGAGGAACCUUUCCCAUUUAUUGGAACAGAGUCUACAAAGAUCUGAACUUUACUACCAAACCCCCAGAACUUCAUUGUGAGAGGGUUGCUCCUCAGUAUUACGAGACCAUGCAGGCCUUAAUAUUUGCAGUUGAGGAGAUUAAUGCCCAGCCUAAGCUCCUUCCCAAUAUUACCCUUGGCUUCCAGGUGUUUGACACUUGCUUCAAUUUACGUAAGGCAGCACAUGGGACCCUCUCAAUGCUUUCUGGAGGAAAGGAAACCACCCCAAAUUAUCACUGCAACAAACUGUCACCUCUGGCUUCUAUAAUUGGGGAUUCGGGUUCCUCAGUUUCCAUUAUAAUGGCCCAGAUGUUGGGACUCAAUCGAUAUCCACAGAUCAGUUACUUUGCAACCAGCCCAAUUCUCAACAACCGUUACCUGUUCCCUUCCUUUUUCCGUACCAUCCCCAGCGAUGAAUUUCAAAUGAAAGGUCUGGCUCAACUGGUCUCUCAUUUUGGUUGGUCUUGGGUUGGUCUUCUUGCCCCUGAUAAUGACUAUGGUCAAUUUGGACUUCAGAUGAUAAAGCAAGAAAUAAUAAACAACAAAGGCUGUGUGGCCUUCGCUGAGAAUAUUUUGACUGGUCAACCUAACAGGAAUGCUCCUCGCAUUGUCCAACUCAUUAGAGCGUCAACAGCAACAGUUGUGGUUGUACUAGAUGCUGAGUCUUCCUUUGUAAUUGUACUAGAAGAGCUAUUGAGACAGAAUCUUCUUCGCUAUAUUAAAAAUGUCACCUUUCAGACUACAUAUGAUAGCCAAGUAUUUUUUGAUGCAAAAGGUAACCCUCCAGCUAUCUAUGACAUUGUAAACUGGCAUGCUCCUCUUUCCAACUGCAGCCCAAGCUGUCCUCCUGGAUUUAGAAAGGUUAUGGUAACUGGAAAGCCCCCUUGCUGUUAUGAGUGUGCCUUGUGCCCCCUAGGACGGAUUUCAAACCAAACAGAUGCAGCGGAAUGUCAUUCAUGUUCCUGGAACAAGUGGCCCAAUCUGCAAAGAGACAAAUGCUUACAAAGGACAACAGAGUUCCUUUCCUAUAAAGAACCUUUGGGUUAUGGAUUAUCAGCAAUAUCCAUCUUCUCAUCUCUUAUCCCACUUGUUAUUCUGUUUGUUUUUAACUAUUAUAAAACAACACCAGUUGUCCGAGCCAACAACUACUCCCUUAGCUGCCUUCUCCUGCUUUCCCUGUUCCUCUGUUUCCUUUGCUCUUUAGGGUUCAUUGGUUACCCACAACCUGCACAGUGUCUUCUGCGCCAGGUGGCAUUUGGAAUUGUUUUUUCUCUCUGCAUCUCCUGUGUUCUGGCCAAAACCAUCACUGUUAUUAUUGCCUUUAAUGCAACCAAACCCGGCAGCAGGUUAAGACAGUGGGCAGGAGUAAGGGUGUCCUAUUGUGUUAUUGUGUUAUGCACCUUUACUCAGUUAGUCAUAUGUGUAAUUUGGCUUUUCUUUUUCCCUCCAUUCCCUGAACUUGACAAUGACACGCAACCUGGAAUCAUCAUUGCUAACUGCAAUGAAGGAUCACCAACUGCUUUCUGGUGCAUGCUGGGAUAUCUUGGCUUCUUGGCCUCCAUUAGUUUCAUUGUUGCCUUCAUGGCCAGAAGACUCCCUGACAGCUUUAAUGAAGCCAAAUUUAUCACAUUCAGUAUGUUGGCUUUCCUCAGUGUGUGGGUGUCCUUUAUCCCAGCCUAUCUCAGUGCCCGGGGCAUGUAUACUGUGGCAAUGGAGGUCUUUGCCAUCUUGUCUUCCAGCUGGACUGUGAUGCUCUGUAUUUUUGUGCCAAAAUGUUUCAUAAUAUUGUUCAGACCCAACAUGAAUUCUAGAGAACAUCUCAUGGGUAAAGUCAGAGGUCAAAAAUAA